CAAAUCGAAUCUAGAAGGUCAAGGCUGUCUCCAUAUUUCGUGACUGAAUUUGAAUAAUUUUAAUAGAAAUCGCCGAUUGCAGGUAUAUAAAUUGAAUAUUAGUUAUUUAUUCGAAUCUUACGACUUCUUAAAAAUAUUUACAUUUAAAUAUUGUAAAAAAAUUGACGAUUCACUUUAAUUUAAUAUAAAAGUGGGCGUUUGUCAAAUUGAUAAUUUCCAUCUCUUCUAUAAAAUUAUACAUCAACAGACAAAAUGACGGACUCCAAAUACUUCACAACUACUAAAAAGGGCGAGAUCUUCGAAUUAAAGGCUGAAUUGAACAGUGAUAAGAAGGAACGAAAGAAAGAGGCCGUAAAAAAGGUUAUUGCCAGUAUGACAGUAGGAAAAGAUGUCAGCGGCCUCUUUGCCGAUGUCGUAAAUUGUAUGCAGACAGAUAAUAUAGAAUUAAAGAAAUUAGUUUAUCUCUAUUUGAUGAAUUAUGCGAAAACUCAACCAGAUUUGGCAAUAAUGGCCGUCAACACGUUUGUUAAGGAUUGUGACGAUUCCAACCCUUUAAUUAGAGCUUUAGCCGUACGAACAAUGGGCUGUAUAAGAGUUGAAAAAAUUACUGAAUACCUGUGCGACCCUUUGAGAAAAUGUUUAAAAGAUGAGGAUCCUUACGUUAGGAAGACGGCAGCAGUUUGCGUUGCCAAAUUACAUGAUAUUAAUGGUCAAAUGGUCGAAGAGUUGGGCUUUCUUGAUACACUACGCGAUCUUAUGUCAGACCCAAACCCCAUGGUUGUUGCUAAUGCUGUGGCAGCAAUUAGUGAAAUUAUGGAAACAUCGCCGGCUGGACAAGGGAUUUUGGAUCUUACAUUCCAAAUUGUGAACAAAUUGCUGACCGCUCUGAACGAGUGUACAGAAUGGGGUCAAAUAUUUAUACUGGAUGCAAUAUCCAACUACUCACCAGAGGAUACAAACAGCGCUAUAACUAUUUGCGAAAGAGUCUCUCCAAGAUUGGCUCACGCUAAUAGCGCUGUUGUACUUUCUGCAGUCAAGGUAAUCGUUAAGUUAAUUGAAAUGAUGGAUCCAGUUUCUGAACACGCAAUUAACUUUAUGAAGAAGUUGGCACCUCCUUUGGUUACUCUUUUAUCGAGUGAACCUGAAAUUCAGUACGUUGCACUUCGAAAUAUUAAUUUAGUGGUGCAAAAGAGAUCAGAUAUUAUGAAACAAGACAUGAAGGUCUUUUUCGUCAAGUACAACGACCCUAUUUAUGUUAAAUUGGAAAAACUGGACAUUAUGUGUCGGCUUACAUCCGAAGCAAAUGUAGCUCAAGUUAUAACCGAAUUGAAGGAGUAUGCGACUGAAGUUGAUGUUGAUUUUGUUAGAAAGUCUGUUAGGGCAAUUGGUAGAUGUGCUAUCAAAGUAGAAGUAGCAGCUGAGAAAUGCGUCAGUACUCUUAUUGAUUUAAUUCAGACUAAAGUUAAUUAUGUAGUUCAAGAAGCAAUCGUCGUUAUUAAGGAUAUUUUCCGUAAAUAUCCGAAUAGAUAUGAAAGUAUUAUUGCAACACUUUGCGAGAAUCUCGAUACUUUGGAUGAGCCUGAAGCAAAGGCCAGUAUGAUAUGGAUUAUUGGGGAAUAUGCAGAGCGUAUCGAUAAUGCAGAUGAAUUGCUUGAGAGCUUCUUGGAUGGGUUUGCUGAUGAAAACACCCAAGUUCAGUUGCAAUUGUUGACGGCUAUUGUGAAACUGUUCUUGAAGAAGCCCACUGAUACUCAAGAACUUGUACAGCAAGUUUUGUCAUUAGCUACUCAUGAUUCUGACAAUCCAGACUUGCGAGAUAGAGGUUACAUUUAUUGGAGGCUAUUAUCUACUGAUCCAGCUGCAGCUAAGCACGUUGUUCUUGCUGAAAAACCCCUGAUAAGCGCUGAAACUGAUCUAAUCGAACCGACCCUUCUGGAUGAACUAAUAUGUCAUAUUGCCUCAUUGGCUUCAGUAUAUCAUAAACCUCCUUCGCUUUUCGUUGAGGGAAAGAUGCCAUAUUAUAGGAAAGCAUUGCCACAAAAUUCCUCUACUGACUUUACAACAACCACUACUGAGAUUCCUCAAGCUUCUGUCAUUCCAGAAUCCAAUCAUGGAACUAUUGGCGAUCUAUUAGAUAUGGAUAUGUCUGGUGGUGUUAAUAACUAUCCUGGUCAAACUGCCGAUCCGGCCGUAUCCGCUGUUGAUCUCUUGUCGGACGGCCUAGAUUUAUUGGGAGUUGGUGGAGCACCAUCUAAUGAACCGGCGAAAACUUCUCAAAUGCCUGCCAAUAUAUUUGGUGGACCAGUCGAUUCUGGCCUACUUUCCGGAUUGAACGAAGUUCUAGGACUAUCGCAAUCCGCUUGUUACAUACCACCACAAGAUGUUUGGCUAACUUCUCAAAGUGGUAAGGGAUUAGAAGUUUCGGGAACCUUUACCCGUCGUAGUCAACAACCCGUAAUGGAGUUAACCAUUACGAACAAAGCAAUGUCGCAAAUGUCUGCGUUCGCUGUUCAAUUUAACAAAAAUAGCUUUGGCAUAACCCCUGCGCAGAGCCUCUCCAUAAAUAACCCAAUUAUGCCAAAUAGUUCAGUAAAUAUUUCAUUACCCCUCAACGUGAACGGACCAGUGCAAAAAAUGGAUCCACUCAAUUCCCUACAAGUAGCAAUCAAAAACAACGUCGACGUAUUUUACUUUACUUGUAUGAUUCCAAUGCACGUUCUCUUUGUUGAGGAUGGUGAAAUGGAUAAGAGGGUGUUCCUAGCAACAUGGAAAGAUAUUCCAACAGCCAACGAAGUUCAGUCCGAUAUAGAAGACGUCCAACACAACGCCGAUACAGUUUCGUCUAAAUUAAAGAAUAAUAAUAUCUUUACAAUAGCUAAACGUAACGUAGAUGGUCAGGAUAUGCUCUAUCAAUCUAUAAAGCUAACCAAUGAUAUAUGGGUUUUGGCCGAAUUAAAAAUCCAGCCAGGAAAUCCCUGUUUCAAGCGAAUUAAUUGGCCCACAACUGAAUCAUUUAUAGAGGAUACUAACAAAUUAUAUUCACAACAAAAGAAAAUUAUGAGAGUAUCGAAAUUUAUAUCGAGUAUUCACCUAAUUCUUGCCUUGAAUUUAUGCUCCGCCGAUGUUUAUUUCCACAAUUCAAGGGGGAGCAAUAACCGUUUGAAUGAAAAAUCAGCAGCCAGAAAGAACGCAAAUAGAAUGUUCGAUUCUCAGAACAACAAUAGGGGAGGUUACAAUGUUGGUGAUAAAGGAAGUGAAGCUGGAGAGCAGUACGAAAUGUUUCAUUUCCAAGGUGGUAAAACAUCAAAUUCUGGUAAAUCUGAACUUGUUUUAGAGUGGACGAACCAGCAUGGAUGUGGAGGUUCAGAAGACAAAGAUCCUCAUAAACAAAAUUGUAAUAUUGUUUUACAGUACAUGUGCCAGCCGGAAACAGCAACCUUAAACAAGAUGCGAAAUGGCGAAGUAACAAAUACGCAAGACUAUAAAGCACCACCGAAUAAACUUGAAACUGAACAGGAAUAUAAAACCCGAAAGGCUAAUUCUGAAAAAGCUGAUCGAGGACUUCACGAACCUUUCGAGUGGUACGACUAUUGCGCUCAUAAAAAACGCAAUAAUGGCCUCUUCACUGCAGACCAAGAACUUGAUCAUGACUUUUCGGUAAGCACUAGACAAAAUCCGGAAGCCAACCGAUACGGUUAUGAAUGUCCCGAAGAAAGGGACUAUUAUCCGUAUUUUCACCCCAACCCUUGGAAAGAUAUAGCCAUCUUGUCAGAAGCGAGAGAAAGAUGCGACUUUUAUCAGAGGGAGAGUCACAAUAUCAAACCUAAGGGAGCUUGUGUAAAUCAAAACUAUAUUUACCUUUAUAAUCAAUUCAAUAAUAAAGCUGAAUGCGAAAGUAACAAUCAAAAAUGGAUUGAGUUCCACAAUUUCUUAGAAAAGGCGACUAACCUUCGAAAUAAAAAGGACUGCCUCGACAAAAAAUACAUCUGGGGUUAUGCUUCAGACUUUUAUACCCGUAAAACAUUAACAGAAGAAUGUCUUGUACCAUUAGAGAAGCCAGAAUGUCUCGACGCACCCUGGACAAGAUCAAAUCACUUGGGAAAUAGUCGGGAGGGUAGACCCUCCAACUAUACUUGGAAUAUACCAUACUUUCCUUCCGAAACUACUCAACGUUGCGUUCUUCGCAUUCGAUAUAAUAUAUCAACGGACGAUUAUGAUCCCUAUCAAACAGAUGCGAAAUAUAAUGAUCUCGGAAAAGGUAGUCUGUCUAAAUCUCCAGUUAGGGGCAACCCUUUUGUUUCCAUACCGUCGGCAAAAAAAGGCCUACGUCUUGCCAUAAAUACACAACAAUUUGGAAGAACAUUCCAGGACCGAUCACAUACUUUCUUACUAAAGAAAAGACCUACCGAACUUUUGGAUAAAAGAAUAGUCAAUUUAAACGUUAGAGGUAAAAGAGGAAACAUUGUUCAAGUGUAUCCUGCAGUUGAGUAUGACUUUAUACCCAACAAUGCUGAGCUUGAUAGCAAUAAAGAUGUUAUACAUAUGCAAUGGACAGGGUCUAAUACCCAUAAUAAUGGUAAAGACGGCGGAGAUGGCCAAACUGGUGACGAUGGACAGGGUACAGCCGGAACGGAUCGUAACAAUCUUGUUCAAAUUUUGGAUCGCAGUGAAAAUUUCCCUGUGUCGUAUGAAAGUUCAACUUUGUGGAAAAAUUCUGCUGUUCUUUGGAAAUAUUUCAACAACAAAAAUUUAAAUCCGGCAGACAUUUCGUUAAACGUUGCCUCAUCAGGAUACUACCAAUGUUUUAACAGCUCGGUUUGUGGGGCUGAAUCGGUACAAUCGAAAACAGCAAUGAACAGUCUUUUGAAUAAUGCCCCGGCGUCUUACCCAGGAAUUGUUUUAAAACUAAAGCCUGGUGUUUAUCAUUAUGCUUGUACCAGAAACAACAAUUUUUCGAAUAGGAGUCAAAAGGGAACAAUCAUUGUUAAAUAG